GGCGGCGGAGGAGGAGCAGGGGGAGGGCUGUCAAAUUCGGGAGCCAGAUUUUUUUCCCUUCCCCUGGCAAUCCCUUCCGCUUUCCCGGCUCCUGGCGUGACAUCUGCGGACCGGGGACCUGUAUGUGUGUGCGCGCGAAGGAGCGGAAGAAUGGCAGUGCUCAAACUCACCGACCAGCCACCACUGGUCCAAGCAAUCUUCAGCGGUGAUCCAGAGGAGAUACGGAUGCUCAUCCACAAAACAGAAGAUGUGAAUGCUCUGGAUUCUGAGAAGCGAACCCCGCUUCAUGUGGCUGCGUUUCUGGGAGAUGCAGAGAUCAUCGAACUCUUGAUUCUGUCAGGAGCUCGUGUAAAUGCCAAGGACAACAUGUGGCUGACCCCACUGCACCGGGCUGUUGCCUCCAGAAGUGAAGAAGCAGUGCAAGUAUUGAUUAAGCACUCGGCUGAUGUCAACGCGAGGGACAAGAACUGGCAGACCCCCCUCCAUGUGGCGGCUGCCAAUAAGGCCGUGAAGUGUGCAGAAGUGAUCAUCCCCCUGCUGAGCAGCGUCAACGUCUCUGACCGAGGGGGGCGCACAGCCUUGCACCACGCUGCUCUGAAUGGCCACGUGGAGAUGGUCAAUUUACUCUUGGCCAAAGGAGCAAACAUCAACGCAUUUGACAAGAAGGACCGGCGUGCUCUGCACUGGGCGGCCUAUAUGGGCCACCUGGAUGUUGUAGCGCUGCUCAUCAACCACGGCGCAGAAGUGACGUGUAAGGAUAAGAAGGGUUAUACCCCUCUGCACGCUGCAGCCUCCAAUGGACAGAUCAAUGUUGUCAAACACCUCCUGAAUCUGGGGGUGGAGAUCGACGAAAUCAACAUCUAUGGAAACACGGCCCUUCACCUGGCCUGCUACAAUGGGCAGGAUGCUGUAGUUAAUGAGCUGACUGACUAUGGUGCUAACGUGAACCAGCCCAACAACAGCGGGUUCACCCCUUUGCAUUUUGCUGCUGCCUCCACACACGGUGCUUUGUGUCUUGAACUAUUAGUAAACAACGGGGCAGAUGUUAACAUCCAGAGUAAAGAUGGCAAAAGUCCACUGCACAUGACAGCUGUCCAUGGAAGGUUCACACGGUCACAAACCCUCAUUCAGAAUGGCGGUGAAAUUGACUGUGUGGAUAAGGAUGGCAACACUCCUCUCCAUGUGGCUGCAAGAUACGGUCAUGAGCUUUUGAUUAACACCUUAAUAACCAGCGGAGCUGACACAGCCAAGUGUGGAAUCCAUAGCAUGUUCCCCCUACAUUUAGCUGCCCUAAAUGCUCACUCUGACUGCUGCAGAAAACUCUUAUCAUCGGGCUUUGAAAUAGACACCCCAGAUAAAUUUGGAAGAACGUGCCUUCAUGCUGCUGCUGCAGGAGGUAAUGUGGAAUGUAUAAAACUCUUGCAGAGCAGCGGAGCGGAUUUCCAUAAAAAGGACAAGUGUGGGAGGACGCCUUUGCACUAUGCAGCUGCAAAUUGUCAUUUCCACUGUAUUGAGACAUUAGUGACCACAGGGGCCAACGUUAAUGAAACAGAUGACUGGGGACGCACAGCUUUGCACUAUGCUGCUGCAUCCGACAUGGAUAGAAAAAGUAAGACUAUCUUAGGAAAUGCCCAUGAAAAUUCAGAAGAACUUGAAAGAGCCAGAGAGCUGAAGGAAAAGGAAGCCGCAUUAUGUCUAGAGUUCCUGCUUCAAAAUGAUGCAAAUCCAUCUAUCCGGGACAAGCAAGGCUACAAUAGCAUACAUUAUGCUGCUGCCUAUGGGCACAGACAGUGUCUGGAAUUGCUUUUAGAAAGAACCAACAAUGGUUUUGAAGACUCAGACUCCGGUGCUACCAAGAGUCCACUCCACUUAGCUGCCUACAAUGGGCACCAUCAGGCCUUGGAAGUCCUUCUGCAGUCGCUGGUGGACCUGGACAUCAGGGAUGAGAAAGGCCGCACUGCUCUGGACCUGGCUGCCUUUAAGGGACACACAGAAUGUGUGGAAGCACUUAUCAAUCAGGGCGCAUCCAUCUUUGUGAAAGACAAUGUCACCAAAAGAACCCCACUUCAUGCCUCAGUAAUUAAUGGUCACACACUGUGUUUGCGGCUAUUACUAGAAAUUGCAGACAACCCAGAAGCAAUUGAUGUGAAAGAUGCCAAAGGACAAACCCCGCUGAUGCUUGCAGUCGCCUACGGACACAUUGAUGCUGUUUCAUUGUUACUUGAAAAGGAAGCCAAUGUAGAUGCUGUUGACCUCAUGGGCUGCACAGCUUUACACAGAGGGAUUAUGACAGGCCAUGAGGAAUGUGUGCAAAUGCUGCUGGAGCAAGAAGUGUCGAUUCUCUGUAAAGAUUCCAGAGGGAGGACCCCCCUGCACUAUGCAGCUGCUCGCGGCCACGCCACAUGGCUGAGCGAGCUGCUCCAGAUGGCACUUUCCGAGGAGGAUUGUUCUUUCAAAGAUAACCAAGGCUACACGCCACUGCACUGGGCUUGUUACAAUGGUAAUGAAAACUGUAUAGAGGUACUUUUGGAGCAAAAAUGUUUUCGCAAAUUUAUCGGUAAUCCCUUUACUCCACUGCACUGUGCAAUAAUAAAUGAUCAUGAGAAUUGUGCAUCAUUGCUACUGGGGGCCAUAGAUUCCAGUAUUGUCAAUUGCAGAGAUGACAAAGGCAGGACACCCCUUCACGCGGCAGCAUUUGCUGAUCACGUGGAGUGCUUGCAGCUUCUUCUGAGACACAGUGCUGAAGUGAACGCAGCAGACGAUUCAGGGAAGACCGCGCUGAUGAUGGCUGCCGAGAACGGGCAGGCGGGCGCCGUGGAUGUUUUGGUGAACAGUGCCCAGGCUGAUCUGACUGUAAAGGAUAAAGACUUGAACACACCCUUACAUUUGGCUAGUAGCAAAGGUCAUGAAAAAUGUGCCUUGUUAAUACUUGACAAGAUACAAGACGAGAGCCUUAUUAAUGCAAAAAAUAAUGCACUGCAGACACCCCUCCAUGUUGCUGCACGAAAUGGCUUGAAGGUGGUAGUUGAGGAGUUGUUGGCCAAAGGGGCCUGUGUACUUGCUGUGGAUGAAAAUGGUAUUGGAACUAGCAGCCCAUGCCUAUUUCUCAGAAGUCAUACCCCGGCCCUGGCUUGCGCUCCUAACAAAGACGUGGCUGACUGCCUGGCCCUCAUUUUGGCUACCAUGAUGCCUUUUUCUCCUUCCAGUACAAUGACGGCUGUCAACUUCGUUUGUUUUAAAAAAGACAAUUUGAGCAGGACGACCCUCUCCAAUCUGGGUAGCAUGGUCAGCCUGUGCAGUAACAACGUAGGCUCAGAGGAUGGGUACAAUGAAAAUGACUCUGAUUCCGAAACCUUUUGACUUUGGACUGUAGCAGCUUUUCCUUGAUCACCCAUAUUGGAAGAAGGGAAAGAAACGUGAAUUCCAGGUUUAUGUUGUGUUCGAGUAUUAUUAUGGGCCUGGGCUUCCAGAAGCCAGUGGAAAAGGAAUUAACCAAACCCAGGGAGGGCAACUAGACUGUAGGGCAAGGCACUCACAUAGAUAGGCCCUGAUUUUUGUUUUCAUGUUUUCCUUAGAUCUGAGAUACUUCUGUGCAAGUCUACCUCUCAUUUUAAGUAAGAAGUAAAAAAAUGCAUUUGAUUCUUUUUCUUUUGGCAUGAUGCAGUUGAGAGGGAGCUGUUCUCUAGAAAGAAUUUUUUUUUCAUUUACUCACUCAGCAGUGAGUUCUCAGAAGUAUAUCCAUGUGACAUUCAUGUCCCCUGGGAGGGGAGGGAAAGGGUGGAUAGGAAUUGCCUCAAACCUCUUCUCACUUUGAUGUUUACUUCCUCACUAAAAGCCAAAGGUAAAGGUGUUCAUCUUCAGAAAUGAUGCCUGUAAUAAUCUUUUUAAGGGAGUCCAAUUAUGCAUAUCCUCUCUAUAGUAAGCACUUAAAUAUCCAGAACUUCUUUCCAAGGAUUUUUAUGGAAGUUGCCAGAUGAAUGGAAAAAUUCACUAAAAAUUGAAGUUGCUUUUUUUCAUUUAACACAAGUACGGCCCCCAGUACUCCCUGUAACAAGCCUGUGGCUAAUUUUUCACCUGGUUGAUUGAAUCCAAAUCUAUCUAAUAACGUUUUAGGUGAAAAGUUGUAUUGCACCAGAACUUUGAAACAUAUGCAAAUUUAAUAUGAGACCACCCUUUAUUUAUUUAUUUGUUAAUCCUCAAAUCAGAAUGCUAACUUUUUAAAAACAUCAGAACCAUCAGCAUUGUUCAUCAGUAGUAAAGUGUUGAAUGAGCUUCUCAGUCAAGGUCAUGCCAAGUGAGGGAAGUGUGAUGACAAAAGGAAACAAGGUGCAAAGCAGAAGGUAGAAAUGGGUGAUGUGGAAAUUAAAGCCAAUUGAUAGUCGCUUGAUGAUCAACUCAACUUAGUGAAUACUGUGUCUACUCCCUCUGCCAAAGCUUCUAGGUCAAAUGGACCCCGUUCUGCACCUGGAAUAGCUGUACAAAAAGAAGAAUGAGACUCUUUAAACAUUAUGCACAUACAUACACACACAUAUGUAUAUUUAUAUAUAUAUAUAUAUGGCUGUAGUUCAUCAACCAGCUAUACAUGAGGACCAAAAUGCUUCAGUCUGGAAUGGAAGAAUUUAAAUUGCUUUCCUUCAAAAUGGAAGUGAGAACUGAAGUAGCUUUUCUAUGGAAUUAAAAUGUAAUCUUUUUGUGUAACAGUCUUUGUUGUGUUUUAUAUUUCUUAUGACACAGAUUUCUAGUUGAUGGCUUAACAUUUGUACCAUGACAUGUUGACCAAGACUUAUUUUGUUGCCAAACUAGAGAAAAUGUUCAUAUACUUUUGAUGUAAAUGUGCUUAUAUUUAUUUGAAAUGAAACAAAGGCCGAGGAAACAUCCAUUGUUUGUUCUCUGUUUUAAGUGCUGUGUGUCUUACUUGGAAUAACACAAAAGCAGAAAAGCACGCAGGACCCUCACCGGGCUAGCUGGCCGUCCCGGGGCCAAGCCCAGCAUUUCCACUGCUAAGGUUUCCAGCUGACCCUCAGGUUCUUCCACGUCUCUUGGAGAGGUGUACAACAUCCCUUUCUCAGCCCCGGUCUGAGCCAGCCUGGACAGCUUAGGGGACACUGCCAUCCUUAUGCUCUUCUGCAAGAUGAGAACUGAGGUGUGUGGUGGGUCAUAUGCACAAAGGUGGCCCAAAGAAAUUUACAGAAAUUACAGAAUUUACUCUGACGGUCUGUAGCCAGCCUGGAGAGCUCAGGGGACACCGCCGUCCUUAUGCUCUUCUGCAACAUGAGAACUGAGGUGUGUGGUGGGUCAUAUGCACAAAGGUGGCCCAAAGAAAUUUACAGAAAUUACAGAAAUUAUUCUGAACACACUGAAAAGCUCAUGGUCCCAGUAACCUAGUGGGAAAUGAUGUCAGUGUGUGAGCACAUGUACCAGGAGAGGAAAUAGAAAUCACCAGCUCAAGUGCUGUUUUCCACUUGAGGAAGAAACAGGAGAGAAACAUGUUGUCAGGACUCUGGCAUUUUAUAAUCAGCUACAUUUUCAACCCUGGAAAUUUCUAUUUUAUAGUGUAUGUGAGAUAUUUUUAAAACAGUGUUCUAUCAUAUCUGGAUCAAAUACACAUGCUGUAUUAUCUUUUUCAUCUAACUGUAAAAGACUUUAAUCUUACUCUUUUAAUAUCCUGAUUUAAUUAAAAACUCACGUUGGGUUCUUCACAAAUGAGAACUUGUUCAAAGGACUUAGAGAAUUGGUAAUAAUUUCACUGGAAAUUUUCGACACCACCAACAUUGCUUUUUUAAAUUCUUGGUGUUGUGUUCCCCUUCCUUCCUCUGUCCUUUUUGUUUAUUUAGAGAAGAUGAAUUUUUAAAAGGUAGAUAAAUUGCUAAUGAGCAAUAACGACCUUAUCUUUACCAAAACACUGAAAAGCAAGGGAGAUCCAGCGCUAAAAAAGCACGAUAUACUGUGGUGUCUUUUUCUAGAAGUGAAUGGAAAUCUUGCUCCACUGGCAUGUAAAGCAGGAAAUGAAAUGUCCUCUUGUAAUGGUGAAGCAACGUUCACAGUUUUCCUGUAGAGUAGCACAGAGAACAAGGAAGGUGACAGCAAAGCAGUGCUGGCCAUGGGACAUUUCUCUCCACAUAGCUGCAUUUUGACUUUCCCCCACCGUCUCCCUGAUAGAAAGAAGGAGGACAAAGGAACAAAAUGAAAUCACACUCGCUGUGAAUUGUUCAUGAAAUCAAAUCUCUCUCCCACUCUCUCACUGUUUCUCCAUUCCCCAAGACCAGAUUUUUUUUCUUUAGGAAAUGACUUCAAAAACUAUGAGUUCUGUGUGUUUUAAGUACAUCUCUUAGAAAUAGAACUAGAUUUGCAAGGUAGCUUUCUAAGCAAAAAAACAAGGAACAAACAAAAAACAUUGUGCUUUUAACUGAGUCUUGAUUGUUUAGUGCUUUUACCUGUGUUAUUUUUAGACUGUAUUCUAACCAUAGCCACAGGGAUCAUGUUUCAUCGCACUUACCUAUUCGCCGUGUCUGCCUAUCCUUGGUAAAUACAUUACUAUCUCCAAAUUGCCUAAAAUCUGCUAUGAUUCUACAGUAAAAAGCUCAGGGGAUUUCUAUUUAUCACUACUACAAGGGCACCAUAGUAUGUUUUGGUACUUUAGGCAGUAAACAGCUGCUUGAUUUUUUUUUAUUUUAUUAUGAAAUUAGAAAAAGAACAUCAAAUGGAUUUGCUGCACUAUUCUUUGUACUGUUGAGCAACCUGGUCUGCUUAUCUGUUGCGAUUGGUUGAAGAACUCAUCCCUUUAUUUGUCUUGUAAUAUGAAGUUAGAGUGCCUUUUUAUAUUUGUAUAUUCUGAAGAUGUUCUGUGAAAUGUUUUGUAUUUUUUUCAUUUGAGUGUUAUCAGAGCAAUAUAAUACCAGUGAGUUUUCAUUUCAGCCUUUCUUUGAAUGUAUAAAGUGUCUUUUUUCCUAUUUCCCCUUUACCUGCUUUGAAAUGAAAAUGAAAAUGCCGAAGUUUUCUAUAGGAAUUAUGUUUAAUUUUGCAGUGCUAAAAUGCUUUCUUCUUACAAAACUGUAAACCAUAGGUCAAUGUUGUAGGGGAAAAGCGUUUUAAGAUAGUGACAAUCUGAGUGUGUGUAAAAAUGUAAUUCUAUGCGUUUCUUAUGCAGUGAUCUAAAAAUUCAAUGCAAAUACCUUUUGUUUGGUAGUUUUGUCUACAUAUUUUAUGCUUUAGCAUGUGCAAUAUAUCUUUGCAAAGCACGAUGAUACAAAUCUGGUGCCAGUGUUAUAUUUUGCAUAACAUAUUUGUAACAGCAUAAAAUACGGUUUGAUGCUUUCAGUGGGAUUUUGUCUGUGAUGUUUUCUUAUGUAAAUUGGAGUUGAAUGACUCUGGUAAAUGUCAUGACUGUAAAAAUGAGGAAAAUGACUUUUAGUUCAGUGAAUGACUUUGAACCAAUCUGAAUCUUUUCAAGCACAGUUUAAUACUUUUUCAACUACUGAAUGCUAAUUAUGUAAUGAAGUACUUAACUGUAAUAUACUAUGGAAAUGCAUUCAGAUGGUUAUUUUUACAAAUAAAAACGGUACAAA